CAAAGAAAAGAAAAGGAAAGUUCAACACGGCACGAUCACGCAUCCCCUCCGCAGAUCCCUUUACCAAAUUGAGCCUCCUUCUGUACCCCCAACCGAGGCACCGCGCGCACUCACACAGAUCCAUGCGGGAACCGCCGCCGCCGUCGCCGUCGCCCAGCGCGUCACGCGCGGCCAUGGCGUGCGUGGUGACGUCGGAAGUCGCCACGGUGCUCGCCAUCAUGCGCCGCAACGUCCGCUGGGCAGCCGGCGGCGACGACGACCCCCUCGACCACCCUCUCAUCACGGGCCUCAAGUCCCUCCGCCGCGCCGCGGCUACGUGGAGCCCGCGCCGGUGGCGGGACGUGGAGCCGCUCCUCUACCUCGGCCCCUUCCUCGACGUCGUCCGCUCCGACGAGGCCGGCGCGCCCGCCACGGGCGCCGCGCUCUCGUCCCUCCACAAGGUGCUCUCCCUCGACCUCGUCGGCCCCGACGCGCCCGGCGCGGACCGGGCCAUGGCCGCUGUCGUGGAGGCCGUCGCGGGGUGCCGCUUCGAGGUCACCGACGCGGCGUCGGAGGAGGCCGUCCUGGCCAGGGCGCUGCAGGUGCUGCUCGCCUGCGUGCGCGGCCGCGCGGCGCCCGCGCUCUCCAACCGCCACGUGUGCGACAUUGUCAACACUUGCAGGCUGACUCGCUCUUGAAUCUGGCAAGAGCCCUCAUUCAGGCAGCAGGCCAACCUCCGAAGAUCACCAGCUCAAUAGAUGGUGAAAGCAAUGCAGUCAUCUGCUUAGAGCUUAUCAUUGCCGUCACAUUAAACAACAGAGACAGGAUUGUCGUCUUAUGGCAUGAUGUUUUCGAGCUUAUAACUCAUAUUGUUCAGUCCACGGUAAUGCCCUGUAAUCUGGUGGAGAAAGCUGUUUUCGGCCUCCUGGACAUC